AUGGCAAUGAAGAAAACACAAAUAGCUUCACUUCUUCCAAGUUUGCUUCUUAUACUUUUAUCUCUAUCCUUUCAUGAUCCAGUCAAGGCAGCUAGACUCCACCACUACGUUCGCGUCCACAUUGACACUCCACCUUCUCCGUCGUGUGGAACGGAAAUUUACCACGUUACUAGAACAACAGAGGACCCUUGUCGACACCCUGAAAACCCGUCUGCUGCAGAUCCUUGAGUCAUACGUUGCAAGACUAAUCGAGUAAGCAAAUUUGAAGAAGACGACCAAGUAACAUAUGCUCGAAACAUCAACUGACAUACAACUUUUUUUGCGAUAAUAUUUUUGUGUUUUAAUAAUUUCUCGAAUUUUGAUUAAUUUGUGGGUUAUAUAUAUAUAUCAUACUAGUAUUACAUCCCGCACUUAUGCUGGGGGCAUAGUUAUUAUUUAUUUAUACAUUCAAUAAAGUGAAAAGAAUUU